CAUAAGUUGGCAUUCUCGAUGUGCAUAAAUAUUUUACGCUGGACCUGCAAAAGUACUACGCUGUUUUCUUAUUGCCAUUGUAACAUAAGAAGGCUUUCAGUGUGUGUGUGUGUGUGUGUGUGUGUGUGUGUUUAUUCCCUCACGUUCUGAUCAUGUGCUGGACCCGUGAUCGCCAGCCAGUUGGUCUACUCUUCCGGAAAAAAAACUUUUAUGAGUUUUGAAGGACCGAUCAAAGGGUAGAUACUGUCAGAACCUCACUCCCCCUCCCCCUUCCUCAAAGGGGGAAACUAAUAGCUUCUGACAGCAAAAAAAAAUAUUUAGUGGCCGGAACACGACUCGAACCUCAACCUGUCGGGCUAAAAAUUUUCCUUGUGUGUGUGUGUGUGUGUGUGUCCUUCUGAUAAGGACUCGCUGUGCAUCGGCCUAUCUGUGUUUCACUUCCUGUGGGUUGUCACUCAAGCUUGGCUGUCAGAUGAUGUCAAUGGCUUCAGUGUGUAGUUCAUACUGUCGCUGUUGUAAUGUGUUGUAAUCUGUGAAUUCGGUUAUGACAAAUGGAACAUCACAGUGUUAUGCCACAGUCAGCACUGCGCCGUCCACAAAGAUGACGCACAGACCCUACGCGGUGCCCGUCGGCCUGGAGUACCUGGCGCAGCUCGACCAGGUGUUGGUGAAGCAGGUCCUCGAGGUUUUUGAGAUCUUCUCGGGCUGCGAAAUGGACAACAAGUACAUACUGAAAAACUCCAUGGGCCAAGAGUUCAUAACUGCGCGGGAGGACAACGACUGUUGCACCCGCCAGUGUUGCGGCCCGUUGCGACCUUUUGAGAUGGGCCUCUAUGACAACAACGGGCGGGAGGUGAUCCAUCUGUCCCGCCCGCUGGCUUGUACCAGCUGCUGCUUCCCUUGCUGUCUUCAGAGCAUGGAGGUGUUCAGCCCGCCCGGCUCACUGAUCGGCACCAUUCACCAGGAGUGGAGUGUCUGCACUCCGUUUGCCGGGAUGUUCACCGUCAGGAACUCCGGCGGGGACGCUGUUCUCAGGAUCGAAGGCCCCGUCUGUCCCUUCAGCUGUGGCGGUGACGUGAAGUUCAAGGUGCUGAGCGAAGACAGCUCUGAGGAGGUGGCCAGGAUCUACAAGCAGUGGCGGGGGCUGUGUGCCGAGGCCCUCACCGACGCUGAUAACUUCGUCCUCUCCUUCCCGAUGGACAUGGAGGUUCGCACGAAGUCCCUGCUCCUCGGUGCGCUCUUCCUUAUCGAUUUCGUAUACUUCGAGCGAAUGGAGUACAUGGUGCCGCCCGGCCUGGAGUACUUGACGCAGCUCGACCAGGUGUUGGUAAAGCAGGUCAUCGAGGUGUUCGAGAUCUUCUCGGGCUGCGAAAUGAACAACAAGUACACGCUGAAGAACUCGGUGGGGCAGGAGUUCAUGAUGGCGAGGGAGGAUACGAACUGUUGCACCCGCCAGUGUUGCGGCCCCAUACGAUGCUUUGAAAUGGGCUUCUUUGACAACAAUGGGCAGGAAGUGAUGCAUCUGUCCCGCCCGCUGGCCUGUGCUUCCUGCUGCUUCCCUUGCUGUCUUCAGAGCAUGGAGGUGUUCAGCCCGCCCGGCACCUUGCUCGGCAGCAUUCACCAGGAGUGGAGCUUCUGUACGCCGUUUGCCGGGAAGUUCACCAUUAAGAACGCUGGCGGGGACGCUGUGUUCAGGAUCGAAGGCCCCGUCUGUCCCUGCAGCUGUGGCGGCGACGUGGAUUUCAAGGUGCUGAGUGAAGACAACUCCGUUGAGGUGGGCAAGAUCUACAAGCAGUGGCGGGGGCUGUGUGCCGAGGCCCUCACGGACACGGACAACUUCGGCCUCUCCUUCCCGAUGGACAUGGAGGUGCGCAUGAAGGCUCUGCUCCUCGGUGCGCUCUUCCUUGUCGAUUUUAUAUACUUCGAGAACAGCAAGUGAUCAUGGUAACCUCAAGUAUAAGAAGCUACUAAGAUUUGCUGGCUGGCGUGAAGGGGAGAGGGCGACCCGCUACACAUGGCAGACAGGUCAUGUCAAUACACAAGAAUACACAAGGGCAGUAGAGUUACAAGAAUACAAGCUAUUUUGUCACCUGCUCCCCCCCUGUCCAUAAAUAUAGUUAUCUAACCUCCUCAUGAAACUUUUGAAAAAUUACCGUAACUACAUGACAAUUUAUAUAUUCCAUUCAUCUGUUGCAGAAUUUAACAACAACUGAUCUUUCCAUAUUUCUUUCCCGAGCUUGUAUUUAUCUAACUUGUACUCACUACUAUACGGGGCCUCACUUCUUUUCACUCCAUGUUAAUCUUUAUAUAUUUUCUCUUUCUGUGUACUGUAUUUAUGAUUAUAUACUUUACUGGACUCUAAAAAUGUGCCUUGGCGUCUAUCACGACUGAAAUAGUUGUAUGUAUGAUCGCAAUCCCCUUACAGUGCAUGUAUGUGGCUAAAUAUGAAAUACAUGAGACAACCCA